AUGGCCCAGGGAACGGUGAUCCAUGUCACCCCAGAACAGCCCACCCAUGCCGUGUGUGUGCUGGGCACCGAGACUCAGCUGGAUGUCUGUGGCUCUGCCCCCAAGGGCUGCACAUCCUUCAGCAUCAGUGCCUCUACGGCAGUGGUCGUGCGCGUUGCCCACAGCCCUCCAGUCAAGAAGAAACCCACAGGUCUCUUCAAGUGGCCGCUGGAUCCUGGGCUGGAGGUGAGCCUGAUGAUGAGGGCUGCCAGCAGCAGCACCGGUGACCAGAAGGUUCGGAUCUCAUACUAUGGAGACCAAACUGCCCCUGUGCAAGCCCUGCUCUACAUCACUGGCAUUGAAAUCUCCUUGAGCGCGGACAUCACUCGCUCGGGCAAAGUGCAGCCGACCAGAGCCUGCAAGGACCAGAGCACUUGGACCUGGGGCCCUCGAGGGCGAGGCGCCAUCCUGCUGGUGAACUGUGACAAAGACAACCCCAAAUCUUCCAGCAUGGACUUCGCGGACGACAAAGUGCUUGACAGCAAUGACCUGCAGGACAUGUCCCUGGUGACCCUGAGCACGAAGACCCCCAAGGACUUCUUCACCAGGCAUCAGCUGGUGCUCCACGUGGCCAAAUCAGAGAUGGACAAAGUCAGGGUGUUUCACACCCACUGGGACAAGAAGUCCUCCCGAUACAGGGUGAUCCUGGGGCCCGAGCAGCCCUCUCACUCCCUCUCAGUCCCGGGCGGCCAGCACUGCGCACGCUUCUAUGUGGAAGGCCUUGCUUUCCCCGAUGCCAACUUCCCCGGCCUCAUUUCCCUCACCAUCUCGCUGCUGGACAUGUCCAACCCGGAGCUCCCCAAGGUCCCGAUUUUCCAAGACAGUGUGACCUUCCGUGUGGCCCCCUGGAUCAUGACCCCCAACACUCAGCCCCCAGAGGAGGUGUACGUGUGCAGCAUGUUUGAAAACGAGGACUUCCUGAAGUCAGUGACAGCUCUGACCAAGAAAGCCAAGGUCAAGCUGACCAUCUCUUCCAUGGAGGAUAACAUGGAGGAUCGGUGGAUGCAGGAUGAGAUGGAGAUCGGCUACGUGCAAGCCCCGCACAAGACGCUGCCUGUGGUCUUUGACUCUCCCAGGAACAGAGGCCUGAAGGAGUUCCCCGUCAAAUGUUUGCUGGGCCCAGAUUUUGGCUAUGUGACUCGAGGACCCCAAACAGGGGGGGUUACCAACCUCGAUGCCUUUGGGAACCUGGAAGUGAGCCCUCCAGUCAAAGUCGGGAAGAAGAAAUACCCAUUGGGUAGGAUUCUCAUCGGCGACAGCAGCUUCCCCAGCACCGAGAGCCAGGAGAUGCACCAGGCCCUGCAGGACUUUCUGGGUGCCCAGCAGGUGCAGGCCCCUGUGAAGCUCUACUCCGACUGGCUGUUUGUGGGCCAUGUGGACGAGUUCCUGAGCUUCGUUCCAGCACAUAAGAAGGGCUUCCGGCUGCUCCUGGCCAGCCCCAGGUCCUGCUACAAACUGUUCCAGGAGCAGCUGAAGGAGGGCCACGGGGAGGCUGUGCUGUUUGAAGGGGUCUCCAGAAAGAAACAACAGAAAAUAAAGGACAUCCUGUCAAACAAGAAAUUGAGAGAACAUAAUUCCUAUGUGGAGAGCUGCAUUGACUGGAACCGCGAGGUGCUGAAGCGCGAGCUGGGCCUGCGCGAGCAGGACAUCGUGGACAUCCCGCAGCUCUUCAGGCUCCAGGGCGACGGCAGAGGGGCGAAGGCCGAGGCCUUCUUCCCGAACAUGGUGAACAUGCUGGUGCUGGGCAAGCACCUGGGCAUCCCCAAGCCCUUCGGACCCAUCAUCAACGGCCGCUGCUGCCUGGAGGAGAAGGUGCGGUCCCUGCUGGAGCCGCUGGGCCUCCACUGCACCUUCAUCGACGACUUCCACACCUACCACGUCAAGCACGGGGAGGUGCACUGCGGCACCAACGUGCGCCGGCAGCCCUUCUCCUUCAAGUGGUGGAACAUGGUACCCUGAGGACCCCCACCCUCCAUCCUCUCCUUGGGAAGCUCUGGUCCCCUGCGGCGUGGCAUAGCAGGGCUCUUGGGGGACAUUCUGGCUCCCUGGGGGUGACCCCGUGCCAGGCAGUGGCCUGCUUCCUUCCCCGGGGCCCUGCACCUGGGCUCCUCCCUCUUUGAAGAUCCCAAGAUGGUCCCGACAUUGCAAACUCAGUUCUGCGGUUAAGAAGCUGCAAUAAAGUUUUAA